UCCUCCUAUGGACAUAAUCUAAUGUAUCUGAGUGAUGACACUUAUUGAAUGUAGCAGAACAUUACAGGCCAUUACAAGGCUUUAUUAUUUCUGCCAUUAGCAGCAAGUACAUGGUCUGGUUUAUUCCAGCCUCCUUAUUCUAACCUUCCAGCAGAGUUUAUGGGCACCACUGCCAACCUAUACAACACAUAAAAGUCACAUCACCUGCCCCAUCUACUAAUAAUAAAGCACUACAAGAACCAGCCAUGAAUAUCUCCAUUCUUCUGGACCCUAGGCUAUCACCCAUGAUGCCUAUAUCACAAUGUAUAUGGAUCCACAGGUCCCUGGACCACUGGUAGCAGGUGCCACCUGAUGUUUUGAUGACAUCACGUCACCUGGACAACGGCUGUUGUUGUUGUUUACCCACAACUGUCAGUUGGACCGAGCGGACGGACGUCUACAGGAUCCCAAAGAUGGCGGCUACUGGAAGAAGAGGAGAUGUCGAGAAGGAGAGAGGAGAGAAGAGGGAAGAGGAGAGCGGAGGAAAGAGGAAGAGGGAAGAGGAAAGCGAGGAGGUGAAGGAGAGCGGAAAGAAGAGGAAGGAGGAAGAGGUGAGCGAGGAGGUGAAGAAGAGGAAGAGAGAAGAGGAAAGCGAGGAGGUGAAGGAGAGCAGAGAGAAGAGGAAGGAGGAAGAUGUGAGCGAGGAGGUGAAGAAGAGGAAGAGAGAAGAGGAAAGUGAGGAGGUGGAGAAGACAGGAGUGAAGAGGAAGGAGGAAGAUGUGAGCGAGGAGGUGAAGAAGAGGAAGAGAGAAGAGGAAAGCGAGGAGGUGGAGAAGACAGGAGAGAAGAGGAAGGAGGAAGAGGUGAGCGAGGAGGUGAAGAAGAGGAAGAGAGAAGAGGAAAGCGAGGAUGUGGAGAAGAGUAGAGGAGAAGAUGCCAGAUUAUUGGAGGAUGAGGAGCCAAGACCAGGCACCAGCCAGGACCCCGGAACAUCAAGCUCCUACCCCAAAUUUAACAUCUAUCACCUCACUAUCCAUCAGGUAUUGGGUAGGGGCAGCUUUGGAGUGGUGGGCCUGGCAUCAGUCCCCGGCCGAAACAACUACGUGGCCAUCAAGGGAAUCACCAAGACAGGGGACAAUGCAGCGACCCUGCAGAGAGAGAGACGGAUCCUCAUGCUGGCCCGAGACUGCCCGUUCCUGUGUCACCUGUAUGCUGCACAGCAGUCUCAGGACCAUGCAUUCUUCAUCACCGAGUACCUGUCCGGCGGCAGCCUGGAGGCUUUACUCAGAAUGUGCAGCUGUCUGAACACCGACAACGUAAGAUUCUACACAGCAGAGAUUGCAUGCGGCCUCCAGUUCCUUCACGGACAUAACAUCGUCCACCGAGAUAUCAAGCCAGAUAAUAUCAUGCUGGAUAGAGAUGGACACAUCCGCAUCAUAGACCUCGGACUUGCCCAAGAUGGCGUCACCUCCUCCAACAAGAUCCAAGGAGUGACGGGCACGUUACCAUACAUGGCCCCAGAGGUGCUCCAGAGGAAGAUGUACUAUGCAGCAGUUGACUGGUGGAGCCUGGGGAUUGUUGUAUCCCGGAUGUCAGCAGGACGUUCCCCAUUUUACUUUGGCUGCAACAGACAAAUGGCUCACGAUUCCAUCACCAGAGAGAAGCCUAAUAUUCCAUCUUGGCUCCCUGCUGACCUGAAACAUCUGAUCAAGAAACUGCUGCGUAAGAAUCCUGAGAAGCGGCUGGGUGUGAACAGGAACAUCAGAGACCAUCCAUUCUUCACCACCAUCAACUGGGAGGAACUGGAGCAGAAGAGAGCACAGCCGCCAUUUACACCAUUCAAGCCAGCUCUGAAGAAGGGAGACCUGCCGUGGCCAGAGGAAGAGACAGCCCUUCACCCCUUGGAAGGAUUCUCUUUCAUUGCUCCAAGCUGGGCCUGUUAACAUCAGCCCAUGGCCACGGCCCAGAGCUCUGUGCCCCCUGACCCAUGCCUCUGCUGCUGUAUUAGACUUCGGCUUGUCUAUAACAUCCUCUCUAUACCAUCUGAAUGCUGCAGAUUUCCAUCAAGUUGUUACCCUGGAUCUUAGCUCCACAUCCUCCACAGCCUCUGAAGACCCUCUGUACCCCAGGAGCGGCCUGUGCUUGUAACACCUCAGCACAGACCUGGUAAGUAUCACACAUCAUCACACAUACAUUAGGAUCACACACACAUACAGGUAGAUAGAAAUAUACACACAGGUACAUACAUAGAUAGUAUAGACACAUACACACAGACACACACAACAGAUAGCGGUAGAUAUCGGCUUUGAUCCUGGGACUUGUUCCAAUCGCCAUAUUUGGGGUCAGGAAGGAAUUUUUCUCCUUUGAGGACAAUUGGCUCAUUCUUUAAGGGGGUUUUUGCCUUCCUUGGGAUCAUUCCAGCCAUAAAUAGGUAACAUAACACAAUGUACAAAAAAUAAAUGAAUAAUAAUAAUAAUAAUAAAAAAAAGUAUUAUAUAUGAAUAUAUAUAUAAAAAAAAAAAUACAUAAUAGUUUACCAUACUAGAUAGGUCAUUUACUGGCUUUUGAUCCUGGGACUUGUUCCGAUUGCCAUAUUUGGGGUCAGGAAGGAAUUUUCCCCCCUUACAUAAGGAUAAUUGGCUCUUUCCUCAAGGGGGUUUUCGCCUUCCUUUGGAUCAACACAGUAUAUAAAAAAGCUUUGCUUUUACAUUUAUACAUUACACAUAGCAAAAUAAAACAUAACACACAUUUCUAAAAUUUGCAGAAUCCCAGUAUCCCCUUCCUGUAACUAUAUAAACGAAAUAAAAUGUCCUUUUU